ACACACGUUGUGAUUGGGUGCCGUUGCAGGGUUUGUGAGGGGGCAGGGCCUGAGCGAGAUGGAGGACCAAAGGAAAUGGCCAAUCGAUAUACAGACAAGCAAACUCUUGGAUUGGCUGGUGGAUAGACGGCAUUGCAAGCUGAAAUGGCAGAAUGCGGUGUUGGUAAUUCGGGAGAAAAUAAACAACGCAAUCCAGGAUAUGCCGGAGAAUGAGGAGAUCAAACAACUCCUGUCAGGAUCAUAUAUCCAUUAUUUCCAUUGCUUGCGAAUUGUAGAGAUUCUCAGAAGAACAGAAGCUUCUACAAAGAAUAUUUUUGGUGGUUACUCCUCUCAGCGAAUGAAGGACUGGCAGGAAAUAGUGUGUUUAUAUGAAAAAGACAGUGUCUAUCUCGCUGAACUCUCCAGUUUACUUGUGCGAAACGUAAAUUAUGAAAUUCCAUCUUUGAAGAAGCAGAUUAGUAAGUGCCAACAAUUACAGCAGGAGUACAGCCGCAAGGAGCUGGAGUACAUCAACAAUGCUGCUGCUUUACGGGACAGGUUCUUUACUUCCUGCAAGCAGUUUGGAAUAAAGGGUAAUGAUGUCCACCAGGAGCUGCUAUCUCUCUGCAAUGACCUCCCAUCUGGCCUUGACGGUAUGGCUGAGGGGACCAGUGAUCUUACUGAUGCCCUGGAGCUGUACGAAGCCUGUGUGGAGUUUGUGUGUGGCAGUGUCUCAGAGCCAAUUGCUCCCUUACUGAAACACAUUCAACUGAAAGGAAACACAACUGUCUACGAGUGGAGAACUGGACAGGCGCCUUCAGCGAUUGAGCGGCCAGCUAACAUGGUGAUUCAACAACCAACAGAGUCCUCAGACACGAUUGACUGGGGAGAUGAUGGGGUGUCUGGAAUGGAUCAGUCAGGUGAUAUCGAUUGGGGAAUCACAGUAGAAGACAAUGCUGAGGUGAACAGCGAGGAGCAUGGUGCUGACAUGAUCGACUGGGGAGAUGAUACAACUGCUGCUGUGGAAAUCAAUGUAGUGGAGUCUGGUGCUGAAGGUGAUGGUGGAGUGGCAAAGGGGAACGAUGCUCUAACUAUCCUGGAAAACCCGGAAACCAGGAACCAGUUCAUUAACGAACUCAUGGAGUUACAGGAAUUCUUGAGCCAGAGGCUUGUAGAGAUGAAUGAGGAGGCAGACAUCCUCUCCAUCAACCAGUUCCAAACAGCUCCAGCUAUCAUUCAGACUCAGGAUAUGGCAAAGGUUGUUGCCAUGACAACGCGAGUGAAGGAUCUCAUCCAGAGACUGACCAAUGUAAAGAUGCGACAUCUCUUCAUGAUCCAUGCCUCUCCCAGGUACAUUGACCGUGUGACUGAGCUCCUGCAACAGAAGCUGAAACAGGCAGGCACCGUGGGAGAAAAGCAACAUCAGAUGGUCAAGAAGCGACAGCAAUCUCUGGAGGAACAGGCUGCCCUUGAACCCAAACUGGACCUUUUAAUCCAGCAAACCAAAGAGCUUCGAAAGCUAAUUGAGACCGAUAUCUCCAAACGGUACCAGAACCGCCAGGUGCACCUGAUGGGGGUCAUCGUGUAAUAACCACUCGCUCGGUGCCCGGACCCACUGGAUUCUCCUGCUCACACUCAAGAGUGGCACUUGCUUAUGGACUUCCUGCUCACGCCAAAGAUUGAAAGUUUUAAGGAUUUAACACAAAAAUGAAUAAGAUGAAGACCUUAAUCUUUGAUCACUGAUGUACUUUAGAACUGCGAGGGAUUUAAAGACUUAAAUUUGCUGUGACCUCCCCUUGAAGACAUGGAAAGGAAAGAUUUUCAAAGCCCUUGAUUAUAGAUGGUAUAUCCGAGGCUGUAUAUAGGGGAACCUCGAUUAUCCGAAGGUGAUGGGUGGGUACUGUUUCAUUUGGAUAAUCGAUUAGAUGGUGAAUCGAUUUAAAUGCCUUUCCUCUGGGGUUCGAAACUUCUAAAGUCUGCUCCCUAUUCAGGAGACUGCAGCAGCACACAGUGCGUGAAACCCUCCCCCCGCGCAACCCCCCUCCCCCCACAACCCCGUGCAACACCCCCCCCCACAACCCCGUGCAACACCGCCCCCCUCUCCGGGGCAGCUGGACUGGACACCAACAUCAAGACUGCUGCUGCUUUUGUGGGGUAAGACUCCAAAUAGCGCGCACACAGACACACGCGCACACACAGACACACAACUCUUUACUGCAACUUUUUGACAGUUUGCACCUUUGCCUUGUACAGGACAAUGUUGGAGAGAUUAUCUGGGGAAGGGGGGUUCAGGAUACACCCCUGUGUAGAACUCCAGGGAAAGUGUGGGGAGGGAGAGAGAGAAGGUGGGGGGUCAGUCAUUUGGAGAUGGUGCCUGUUUAAUCACGGUAAACAAAAGACAAGAUCACUUGAAAACACGUCUUUAUGUCAUGUUUCAUCGGGACCUGGAGAUCUCCUUCGGAUAAUCCGAUUUUCAGAUAAUUGGUAUUCGGAUAAUCGAGGUUCCCCUGUACUGGUUAACAUUUUGUAACUGAAUAAAUUGUAUUUUGUCCCUGAGGAGGAGCUCUUUAACUCAGUUUAAAGAUGUGGUCCUUGUUGACUAUCACUGGUUAAUAUUAACACUGAGGAGCAGCCUGUCAUUCCUGUUGAAAAACAUUGAACACAUUCAGGGCCACAGCUCGGUACCUCAACCCCCGGUUGAAUCAGCUGGUGGAGCUGUGAUCUCAGUGUAUACAUCAUGCGGCAGCGUAUAAACAGGCAAAUUCCACACACACCCAUCACAGAGACAUACCCAGACAUGUAUGAAUGUUCGACCACAUUCAGACACACUUGGGUAGAAGAGUUCAUUUGUUCGGUAUUCUGCCUCUCACUGACAACAUCACUCAUUAUUAACCCUAACAAUAAAUUACUUUCUAAACAGUGAA